UGCUUUUUUUUGUGUGUGUGUUUUUUAAUGAGAAAAGGGCACGUGAGGAAACUGAGGCCACAAGCAAAGACACAAAGGAUAAGAUGUUUUAGAUCUUCUGUCUGGAUUCAGGGUUGUAGUAACUCAGCAAAAAAAAAGCGUUAUCUAAGCCUACAAUAACUGUUUAUAGGACAUAUACAGAGAGACUGGAUAAGCUCUAUCUACCAGCAUCUGAGAGCUUCGAAACCAAAUAUAACCUGCAGAUUACAAAAACCAUGAGAGUAUUCAAAACUUGUAUACUCUAUGAAUGCCAUUGGGCGAGAAAGGUUGACCCUUUUUGGAGGCAAUGAAGAAGAACAACACAAAUGAUUGAAUGGGUAAGCGGAAGAUGAGAGAUCAUGAGAAAGGUGACACAAUCCACGGAAGCUCUUUGCAUACAGCAUGUUCGUUUUCCCCACUUCUUCUGUGUAAGAAGCUCAAGUCCCCACAACUGCUUGUCCUCGCUGCCGGACAAAACUUCCAUCGCCAAUAAUGUCUCUGGGGACCUUUGUCUUUGUCAGAAGCCAUCUCUCUCUCUCUCUCUCUCUCUCUCUCUCUCUCUCUCUCCUAUGCUCUGCUUCAGCUUCACCAACUCCUCAGACAGAUACAUCUGGUGUCAUUUAUUUAGUUUUACCUCUUUGUUUUAGCAGCCUUCACCUUCUCUUUCACACCUCAUUUUUCACUUUCCGUUUUCUUCCAAGGCCUGCAUCUUUGGUUACCACACCACAAAAUCAAAACAACCCUACUUCUGUAUUUCAUUGCAUUUAAGACCAUUGUUCUAUAUAAGGGUAACACAACCAAGUUCAGAAUUCUCAGAACCAGAAGAGAGUGCAUGCUGGGUUUCCUGUUCUGCUUCUUUGGUGCUUUGCAUUUAUCACCACCCUUGAAUUUCUAGCCUCCCCAACAAUGUAUUCUCGUAAGCCCUAGAGAGAGAGAAAGAGAGAGAGAUGGAUGCACAUUAGGUAUGAAACAAGAUUUUUCACCUUGCAAUGGAGAGCCUUCAAGGACACAUCGAUCCCUGUCCCUUGGUUGGAAACCUAGAAGUUGAAGGAUUUGCAGAGGAAGAGGACAAAGUUCGGCAGCUCGCUACACCAAGCUUGCAAGAUACAGUUCCAUUUCUACAGAUGCUACAAAAUGGAGAUCCCUCGCCAUUUUUGUCCUUCAGAGAACCAAAUUUUCUAGCAGUAUUGUCUCUCCAGACCCUCAAGAAGCCAUGGGAACUUGAAAGCUCCUUCACGCAUGAGGUUCCUGACUUUCAUUCAUCGAUCCGGUCCGAGACCAACAGCUUCUAUCAGAACCCAACUCCAAUCUCUUGCAUGGAAGAAUUCAAUCCAGCUGUCUCAAGCCAAGAACUUCCCUUUAACGCACUAGAGAACCUGCUUAGCUCAGCAAACACAGUCACUUCUUCCCCGCCACCACGCACUGGUAAUUGGAGAACAAAACGCAAAACCAGCCACUUGCCUCCAUCAAUGACUCGAGAACCGAGAAAGCGAAGGAGAGCUAAACCAACAAAGAACAUGGAAGAUACAGAGAACCAGAGAAUGACCCACAUUGCCGUUGAACGAAACCGGCGGCGUCAAAUGAACGACUACCUCAACUCCCUCCGCUUCCUCAUGCCGCCUUCCUACAUCCAAAGGGGAGACCAAGCGUCCAUAGUAGGAGGAGCAAUAGACUUCGUGAAGGUUCUCGAGCAACUCUUGCAAUCCCUUGAAUUGCAAAAGAGAGUGCAAAAGAGUGGCGAGGAAGAAGAAAGCAGGGAUGCGAAUUCGGGGAAUAAACAUCUGACGGGCAUUUCACCGAACGAGUUGUGGACGACUAACGAAGAUGAAAUUUCGACCCCCAAAAUCGAGGCGGCAGUGAUAGAGAACCACAUCAAACUCAGAGUUGAAUGCCCGAAGAAACGAGGGCAGCUUCUGAAAGCAAUCGCUUCGCUGGAGGACCUUCGACUCUCUGUUCUUCAUCUCAACGUGGCUUCUUCGCACGCAUCUGUGUUCUAUUCCUUUAACCUAAAGAUGGAAGACAACUGCAUCCUGGGUUCGGCCGACGAGAUAGAGACGGCGGUGCAUCAGAUUUUCGACCAAACCGACGGCCGACAAUUAGAGUGACACAUAAACCCAUGAAAUUAACAGCUGACAGAAUGGAAACUGGGGUUUCUAGAAGUAAAAAAAAAAAAAGGACAGAAUCGCUGUAGUUUUCCUACGUUUUCCGACUGAUCAUAUCUGUUUUUUUGUCACGGUUUCUGGGCCCCACUUGAUUAUCCAUGCUUUGUUCUUCGCUUGUCUUGUGUUUUCUGCCAGAAUUUUCGGGUUUGACUUUUGUUAGCAUACCUUGAUUACAAUUCUCAUAUAAUUUAUGAUUACA